CACGCAUCCCGAAUCGUGACAAUGCCAGGAGCCCGGGCCCUCCACCGGACCGGGUCAGCAUCCUUGCGUCAGGCUUAUCUAGGGGGAUCAUCCCAGUAAUAAAUGGCACAGGAAGGAUGUAGGGGAGACCCCGUGGCGCGCGCCUCGGCGAGCCGGGGGCGGGUACAGGUAGGGCGCGGCGCACCCGGUCCCGCCACCGCCCCGCAGCGGCCCCGCAGGCUCGGAGAAGACCCUCGGGGCAAGGGGCGUCCUCCCGGGCGGAAGGCACCACUGCAGCCCCGGCGGCCUGGGCCUCGGGCGUGCUGCACUCCGCCUCCGGACGCCCGCGGGAAUCGGCGCCCACACGCCGCGCGUCCUCCGUCCCCGGCGCUCGGCGUCCCCGGCGGAGCCGCGCGCACUUCGCCGGGGAGAGUCCGCAGGCUCCCGCAAACCGGGACCCGCGGGAGGGGACGGGGAGAAGGGACACUCACCUCCCGCAGCCCGGACCGCCUCGGGAUCCGAAGUUCAAGUGUCUGUCCCAGCCGCGGAUCCGUGCGUCUGUAUUUAGGGAUAGCAAAGAUGGCCUCCAACAAAGAUCUACAAAGUCAACUGGAGAGAGAUGGACUAAAAGAUUGCCAACCAGUAUGCGGAGAGCCUGAUUCUGGAGAGAAGAACAAAAAUUUAAAAAAUAAAAAUAACAAAAGGAAAGGAUCAUGGAAAUGAGGAAGAAAAGAGAAGGCAGGAUUUCUUGGCCAGUUCUGAGGAGAUGG